AUGUCGCUGAACAGAAAUAUGAGGGCCGACGACGUCGAAUCCGAACAGAAGGCUAAGGGUCCUGAUAUCGACUAUGGCUUCGGUUACGUCAGCGACGGCAAUGCCGUUCACGGCCAGGAACUCACCGCCGGCAAGUCGGUGUAUGCUAAGCUCCAGCGGUUCGCGGGUAAAUUUGGCGUGGAGCAGAGAGGCAUUGAGCGUGUUCCUAGUGAUGAGAGGACGGAUUCGAGUAUGACCCAGGUCGGCACACUGUGGUUCUCGGCCAAUAUGGUCGUCUCAUCGUUUGCGAUUGGCGCUCUUGCGCGUCCCGUGUUUAAUCUAGGGUUUGUGGACAGCGCCUUGACUAUCAUAUUUAUCAACCUCCUGGGUAUCAUGCCCGUCUGCUUCUUCUCAACCUUUGGUCCCCGGUUCGGCUUGCGACAGAUGGUGCUGUCUCGAUUCUACUUUGGCUUCUACGGUGUUAAAUUAAUUGCCAUAUUCAAUAUCCUGGCAUGUAUUGGUUGGUCUGCAGUCAAUGUCAUAGUUGGCGCUCAGUUCUUCCACGCGGUUAAUGGAGAUGUACCUGGCUGGGCUGGCAUCCUGGUUAUCUCCUUUGCAACACUAGCCAUCUGCACAUUCGGCUACAAAAUCGUUCAUGCCUACGAGAAAUGGUCCUGGAUCCCGGUAUUUGUAAUGUUCAUGAUCGUAUUAGGUACCUUUGCCCACUCCGGCGAAUUCAACAGCUUACUUCCGCUUGAGACUGGACCUAGUGAGGCAGGUGGCGUACUGUCUUUUGCGGCGUCGGUAUAUGGUUUUGCAACGGGAUGGACGUCCUACGCUGCUGAUUAUACAGUAUACCAACCAGUGAACCGCUCCCGGAAAUCUAUCUUCCUAUGGACUUUUGCCGGCUUGUUCGUCGCUCUGUGUUUCACCGAGCUUCUCGGCGCUGCUGUAGCUACGGCGAUGGCUACGAACGAAACCUAUGUGGAAGCUUAUGAAGACGCACAUAUUGGCGGUCUACUAGCUCAAGUCCUCGUACCGCGUCUCGGCCGCUUCGGCGAGUUCUGCGUCGUGAUGCUGGGCCUUUCCAUCAUUGGGAACAACUGCCCGAAUGCAUACUCGGUCUCAUUGUCGCUACAAGUAUUAUCAGAGAAGACACAACGAGUACCGCGCUUCAUCUGGACUUUACUAGGCACGGCUGUAUAUAUCGCCAUUGCAAUCCCGGGGUACGACCACUUCGAAGAUACGCUCGAAAGUUUCAUGCUUAUCAUUGGCUACUGGCUAGCUAUCUACGAGGGUGUUUCCUUGACGGAGCACUUUGUUUUCCGGCGCGGCUCCUUCACCCGGUAUAACCCCGAAGACUACGCCAACCCUUCACGUUUACCCCCUGGUUUCGCCGCCGUCACGGCAUUUUGUGUAGGUGUUGGUGGUGCCGUGCUAGGCAUGGCACAGCAGUGGUUCACGGGCCCCAUAGGCAAGCUCUGUGGUGCUGCACCGUUCGGCGGCGACGCAGGCUUCGAGCUGGCAUUUGGGUUUGCAGCAGUAAGCUAUCUUGGCCUUAGGGCGAUCGAGAAGGCGUACUUUGGCAGGUAG